ACUAGUACAUGUGGAGUUGCUGUCCAGUCCCUGCCAAACCCAAUUGUCACUUUGCUAGCUCCAAAAAGGGUGCAGCUUUGCUUAUUUUCCUCUCCUUCCCUAUUUGCAUCCUCCCCAAGCCCAGGCAGGCAUGGCGCACCACGCGCCGUCCAACUCUCUCAUACUCUUCCUGGUCCUCACUUCCAUCCAAGACGGCAGAGGUGCGACGUCGCGUCCAUCGCCGGCGCCGGCGGGAUACGUGCCGGUUCGCGCCGUGGUGUACCGAUCGGUGGCGCUCCCGGCCGCGACGGUAGCCGCCGCCGGGGACGAGGCGCCGGGCGGAGGAAGUUACGAGCCGUUCCAGCUGUGCAUGGGGUGCCGGUGCUGCGCGGCGGCAGGGAGCGGCGGCGCGAGCAGCUCAUGCGUGGACACGCGGUGCUGCUACGCCAUCGACUGCAACGUCCCCGGCAAGCCCUUCGGCGUCUGCGCCUUCUCCCCCCGCACAUGCGGCUGCGGCGCCGGCGCCGGCGCCGGCAACAACUGCACCGCCACCUAGGGACACCGAUCAGCCUCGUCACCGUUCAGCCAACGAUCGUCCUCAUCAACCUGCUAGCUGUUUUCGACACGCUAUUACUUUUACUUCAAUUUGGAAAAAAGGUUAUAUGCCUACCAAAUGGCACUGCAGAUAUAGCUCAAGAUUUGUUUUUUAUUUCCUUGUAUUACUGAUGUCAAUUCUUUUGGGUACUGUCGAAAUAAUUUUGCUCGUCUCUAGAGAGUUGGCAGCUGUUGCAUUUGACU